AUGGCGUCGAUCGAGUACGCAAAGAGCAUGUUGGCCGUCUGGCUCGCAGGAUUUGCCUUCAACCUCUGCUGGGUCUACAGGACCUCUCCGCAGGCCGACCGCUGGCGGCGGUGCCGCUUCAUCUGUCGGCUGUGGCCGCAACAGACGGUGGUCGUCCUCGCCCGCUUCGCCGUGAUGCGUCUCGUCAAGCUCUCGCAAGGCGUCGGCCUCGACCGGCCAGCGGUCUAUUGGCCGUUCAUCCUUCCGAUAGGCCUCUUCGAGGCGUGGUCCGUGCAGGCGAUGGCGGACGAGUACGAGGGCCGGCCGCUCAAGCCGCUUUGCCUGCGAGCGGUGCGGACGCAGCUGAAGGUCUCGUUCCUGGAGGCGGUGGGGCUCACGGUGGGGUACAUGAUCUGGCCGUGGGUAAAAAUCGAUGACCCCACCGUCGAGUCGUGGCUGCAUGCGCCGUGGCGCACCUUUGUUUUUGACAUUGGGCUGGACGUUGGCUUCUACACCUUCCACCGCUCCUGCCACGAGCACGGCCACCUGGUGGCGCACGAGACGUACGAGCUGAGCUUUUUGGAGACGGCCUCCAUCCUUGGCUCGUACCUGAUCGGCUUCGAGCUCAUCGGCCGCGUCUACAACUACACCCUUUUCGACAUCGCGCUCCUCGUCUCGUGGGCCCACCUCGUCGAGCUGCUCGGCCACACUCAAAUGUCGUGGACAGUGAACGGCCACCCGCUCCGCAUCAUCCCGGAGCUGCUCAACCUCGACCUCAAGGUGCCCGACCACACCAUGCACCACACGAAGCCCCUCUCCAACUUCUCGAAGCGGCUCACGCUGCUCGACCGCCUCUUCGGCACCUAUGAGCCGCCCGGCGACCUCUACGGCACUGUCUGCAAGGAUGGCAAGGGCGGCGGCGAGAGCAAGCCGCGACGGAGCCACGAAGCGUACCCCGUCUCGGAGGGCGGCACGCCCCAGCGCCGCAGGGCGGACAGGGCGGGCGCGCCGCUCGAGGCGUGA